ACAUUUAAACCACAUGGAUUUUUGUAAUUUGACGUCUUGCUGUUUUGCAGUGUCCAGCUCAGAGCAACCAGCCAACAAGGGAACAGCAGCAGCCAUAAUGAGAUGGAAAUGACCUCCUCCUCCUCCUCCUCCUCCUCCUCCUCCUCCCCCUCGCCCCACAUGCACUGAGCAACAGGUCUAAAUCCUGACUGUGCAGGGCUGAGCAGGGCUGGCUGCUCUGGAUGUCGAGGGCCUGAAACACCAACUCUGAGCUGCUCGGUUUCAGGCACUGAAGCUAAACUUUGGAAACAGGAGCAACUAUGAUCCGGACGGCCAUAGAGCACGCCAGGAAGCACCCCGGGCUCAUCCCUCAGUUCUUCUUCAUCUGUCUGGGAAUGGGCGGAGCCACGCUGUACCUGAUCCGAUUGGCCAAAGGACCGCAUGUCACCUGGAACAAGACGGCAAACCCUGAACCCUGGAAUAAACUUGACCCCACGUACCAGUACAAGUUUGUGGCGAUCACCACAGACUACAAAAACCUGAAGAAGGAGGGGCCGGACUUCUGAAUGUAACUAACAACAGGUUUCACACUACAACCGGACGUAGGGUCAGAUUCACCCCCGCCUGCCAUCCUCGAUGCCCCCAAUGCAGGCGGUGUGUGAUCUGCAAACGCCACCCAGUGUGUGUCUGAGCCUGUGUGAUGUCCACAACAUUGCUGGUUAUUGUACAAAAUAAUAAUAAUAAUAUUUUCAGAGUGCACAUACACGUUUCUUUGCUGAAAAGCAGCAUUUUUAUAAGAACCCACAAUAACUUCCUCAUAUCUCUACUGUAGGAAGAACGAUGGCGAGUCUCUCCUGGGUGAAGAGAUAAGUGCAAAAUGAAAUCUGACAAAUCUCAAUCAUGCAUCCAGAAAGAUGUACAAUACACUAAAAAAUGUCCAACACGAUGUUAUGCUGUGUUCUGACGUGUGAAAGUUGAAUGAAAAGAAUCAAGUGUCGUCUGUUUGCAGCUCGUUUCUCAUGCAAGUGAGGAGAGCUUUAACUCUGCACACUUCUCAGACUAUGACUUAACUCUGCUGUGUUGCAUCGCACUAACUACGGUGACUGAAGUGUGUGUAUUUCUUCAUAACUGGCAGAUGAUUGAGAGUUUAGCAGCCACUAAAUUCAUUAAUAUCUGCACAACUUAUGGAAGAAAAGCUGUGAUGCAUUAACUGGGAUGCAUUCUGUCAAUAAACAACCUGCCUGAUUCCUGUC